CCGGAGCGUUUCCCUUGGAUACCACAACUUGACCAGACAGCUCGUGGAUGUUUUCUCUGCUAUCUUACCACCUCUCGAUGAUUUCAAGUUAACAAUUUAAAGAACAAAGUAAUAAGUUUUAGCUGAACUCAGUUUGAUGAAAACAAAGUUUGCAUUGUUUUUAAUGCAUGUAUAAAGGAAACAGUAAGAUUAGCCUUUCUAUGGAUUCACUUGAUGACCUCCGGCUCUCGGGUCCAGGUCCGUCCCUGUGGAGCCUCAUCUCUGAACAUGCCUCUGAGUCAGAGCUGCAGAAGAUCCGUGCAGCGCUCAGCCACCAUUUGGUUGACAAGUACAUCGAGCUGCACGCUGAAGUAGAGACGUAUCACAGGAUGUGGCAGGAGAGGAAACAAAUUGGUAACCAUGGCAGCAGGGCUGAAACCCCGCUCGCUGACCCCCCUGCUGUGAAGGAGCUGGUGAGAGCUGAGAUCAAGAUGUUACUGCAAAAUCUCAAGGAGAAAGCCAGCAGGGGUGGAAGCAGAGACGGCGAUGAGCUUCUGCUGCAGUACAAACCAGAGACUGUGCACUACGCCCUCAGUCACCAGGAGAUACGUUACAGCAGCUGUGGAAUCACUGAUAGUGUGAGAAGCAGGCCCAGCUCCUCUUGCUCAAUCCAGUCCAGAGCUGAAGAUGAGAUCGAAGCAAUUAGAGACAAGCUGAAGAUCACUGAGAUACACAGAGUUGUUGCACAGCUCAGGUCAGUCCUCCUGGCAGAAUGUGAUGCUUUAACUGCAACAAUUAAGCAUUUCAAGGGAAUGUUAAACCUAAACUCUGAGGAUGAAACCGGAAACUCAGAACCAUCACUCACAGAGCUGCGAGAACUCAGAGCAUCUCUACAAAUGGACCUGGCACUGCUACCUUCAGCAUAUGAGACUUCAUCAGCUCUUCCUAUAAAGGGGCUGAAAAACAGUUUCAGACGGUCAGCAGAACAAAGAUCCACUCAACUCCUCUCACCCCUAAGACCAGCCUCACCUUCUCUGUGCAAUCUGAAGCCCAAACCACCGAGUCCACCUCCUCCUGCCAAGGCCUCAUUAUCCAGACCUCAUAGUCAACAUAGGAUCAUCAAACCUCCCACCUUCAACAGGAUGGACCCUGCAGAGCAUGACCCAAAAAUCAGUAAAAGCCAUGUUUUUGCCACAGAGCAAGAUUGCCCCAGAACAUGCUUGAAUCUCCACAUCGAUCCGGAGAGGAACACCCCCUCCCCAGACAACCAUCGAUCAUCACAUAGGUCCACUCACAGACCUAGCACAGAUUUGUCACCAGGAAUGGAGAGAAAAGCCACUCCUGUGUCUGCCCCUGCUUUCAGUCACUUCUGUGAUGCAGGCAGCAAUGACACUGGCCGUUCUGUGUUGACAAAAGGCAAAUUAAAGGCACUAAAUGGGCAACAGAAUAGCAACAUUGGAGAAAACUCAGCGGAUGAUCCUGAAAAGAGCUCGGUGAUUUCUCAAACUUCUGCAGAACAUGGCAGAAAAAACCACAAGAGUGGGACAGAUGAGGAUAAAAUGAGUCACUUCAGAAUUAUCAACAAGACACAAUAUAGUCCAAAGAGCCACGGCUUAGUGGAUAAAAUGUCAUACCCUCCCAAAAGAAGUGAAUUACAGAGUAGCGACAUAUGCUUUCAGCCACAGUCCACUGGACUGACUGGGAUAUAUGUUACUUUACCAGGAAAACCACAGAGGAAGCUGAAAGAUCAGCCAAAAUAUGCUCAGGAGAAACAGAAUCAGUUCCAGUUUUCUAAUGUGUUUUACCAGUCCGUUGGUCCUGCAGCAAGGACGCAGACUUGAGGUCACAACUGAGAUUAGACCCAAGGGAGAGGCUGGUAGGUGAUAGAGAGCUUCCUUAUUCUGUUACUUUGUCUUUUUGUCAGAUGAUCAAGAGCAGCUAUUGCAUACGUGUGUGCACGUGUGUGUGCGUGUGUGUGUGUGUGUGUGUGUGUGUGUGUGUGUGUGUGUGUGUGUGUGUGUGUGUGUGUGUGUGUUUUAACUGUACAAUAAAAUCUGCUGGUGCUUUUGCAUUAAUAUAAGAAUUUUCUUUUAUUUGCUUAAAAUGUGUUCAAAUGAACAUGUUUUGUAAUGUUUCUGUUAUGUUUACUUCUGAUUUAGAUUAUUGGACACUCUAAAAAUAGUUAAAUUUUCUAUCUCUCUGCUUUAUGUCUAUUUAAGACAGUGAUUGUUUCAU